UUUCGACGCCUCUUCCUCAUUAAGAGUAGAGUUGUGUUCACGUGUGGUUGUGUCUCCUUUUUACCUCAAAAUAGGUCACACAACCCACUUCCAGUCGUGGAUUAACACUCUUAUAAUUAAUAAAAAAAAAAAACCAAAAAAAAUAUAAAAACUUUUAAAAAUACAAAACAAAAAAAUCGCAAAAUCGUAGCCGAAAACCGCGAAACCCGAGGAAAAAAAAGGUGUGGAACAAAAAUACAAAGUGAAAAAAAUAAUUUUCGUUGAUUUUUCGUUCACGCGUGUUAGAAGUGCGAAAAACGUGAUAAAAAAAACCGGAAAAUAUAAGUCAAAGAAGAAGCAUCAAACAACACAGGAGGAUUUUCUUUUUUUCUACAAACUACAACUUUUAAAAAGAGUAACGUUUAAUCAAAAAAAAAAAAAAAAGUAAAAAUAAAAAAACGCAAAAAUGAAUCCUGGAGCACCAAACUAUCCUAUGGCCUCACUCUAUGUUGGCGAUCUCCAUUCGGAUAUCACCGAGGCGAUGCUCUUCGAGAAGUUUUCAUCGGCUGGCCCAGUACUUUCAAUUCGCGUCUGUCGUGAUAUGAUUACACGACGCUCGCUGGGAUAUGCUUAUGUCAACUUUCAGCAACCAGUCGAUGCUGAACGAGCUUUAGAUACCAUGAAUUUUGACAUGAUCAAGGGCCGACCAAUUCGGAUAAUGUGGUCUCAACGUGAUCCAUCGCUAAGAAAAUCAGGAGUCGGGAAUGUCUUCAUUAAAAAUUUGGAUAAAAAUAUUGACAAUAAGGCGAUGUAUGAUACCUUCUCCGCUUUCGGCAAUAUACUAAGCUGCAAAGUCGCUCAGGAUGAAACUGGCGCCUCAAAAGGUUACGGCUUUGUACAUUUCGAGACCGAAGAAGCCGCCAAUAAAUCUAUUGAUAAAGUCAAUGGCAUGUUGUUAAAUGGAAAAAAGGUGUACGUUGGUAAAUUCAUUCCGCGCAAGGAACGUGAAAAGGAACUUGGCGAAAAGGCCAAACUUUUCACCAACGUUUACGUGAAAAAUUUUGGCGAAGACAUGAAUGAUGAAAAAUUGAAGGACAUGUUUGAGAAAUAUGGCACGAUCACAAGUCAUAAAGUCAUGAGUAAAGAUGACGGUAAAUCACGUGGUUUUGGUUUUGUCGCUUUUGAAGAUCCUGACGCAGCUGAACAAGCAGUUAUUGAACUUAAUGGACGUGAGAUUGCCGAGGGUAAAUUUAUGUAUGUUGGCCGUGCACAAAAGAAAGCUGAACGUCAACAGGAAUUAAAACGUAAAUUUGAGCAAUUAAAAAUUGAGCGUUUAAAUCGUUAUCAAGGCGUUAAUCUCUACGUGAAGAAUUUGGACGAUACCAUCGAUGAUGAACGUUUACGUAAGGAGUUUACUCCAUUCGGAACAAUAACAUCGGCCAAAGUGAUGAUGGAGGAGGGACGCAGUAAAGGUUUUGGUUUUGUCUGCUUUUCGUCACCUGAGGAAGCCACGAAAGCAGUUACCGAAAUGAAUGGACGUAUCGUUGGUACAAAACCACUUUAUGUUGCAUUGGCGCAACGCAAGGAAGAUCGUAAAGCCCAUUUGGCAUCGCAAUAUAUGCAACGUAUGGCAAAUAUGCGUAUGCAACAAAUGGGACAAAUGUUCCAACCGGGAACUGGAAGUUACUUUGUACCAACGAUUCCGCAACCGCAACGCUUCUACGGACCGCAAAUGGCACAAAUUCGUGCGUCACCACGCUGGCCAGCUCAACCCAACCAAGUUAGACCUAAUGCCCAGACUGGAGGCUCUGGUUUUGCAACAAUGCAAAAUCAGUUUAGAGCUGCGCCACGUGUUCCCACUGCUCAAACGGGAGCUAUGCGCAAUGCCCUCUCUGCACGACCAAUUACUGGUCAACAAGCGGUGGGUGGAGCAAAUAUGCAAGGACGUUCGAUGGCUGGUCCAGCGGUUGGAGUAUCACCUCAAAGUCGUCCAUCAAAUUACAAAUACACAGCGAAUAUGCGCAAUCCUCCACAACCAAUGGCGAUUCCAGUUCAAGCUCCUGUACAGCAAGCGGUUCACAUUCAAGGCCAGGAACCAUUGACUGCUUCCAUGCUGGCCGCUGCUCCAUUACAAGAACAGAAGCAAAUGUUAGGAGAACGUCUCUUCCCGUUGAUUCAGUGCAUGUAUCCACAACUCACUGGCAAGAUCACUGGUAUGCUAUUGGAGAUCGAUAAUUCGGAAUUACUGCAUAUGCUUGAGCAUGGUGAGUCAUUGAAGGCCAAAGUUGAGGAAGCCGUAGCUGUGCUACAGGCUCAUCAAGCCAAGCAAGCAGUUUCAAAGAAGGACUAAAUUCUUUUUUUUCUUUCUUUCUUUCUGUUCAAUUAUUAUUUUGUCAAUUCGAUUCUUAUUAUUAUUACAAUUAUUAUUAUUAUUAUUAAUCUUCUGUUCACAAAUUCUGACAUUUU